AUAAGGGUAGUUUUCGUAUGAAAUAAAAUUUUUGUAGGACCUAAGUGGCUAUGCGGUAUAACUAUAACUCCAUUACUCCAAUAUUUACCGCAGAAAAAUUCAAAAACAUCACGUAUCCGACUCUCGAAUUUCAGUAGUCCCCCGAAGCAGACGGCAACGAUGGAAGUGCAAACGGCAACGACAGAGGCACAACGGCAACGAAGGAGGCGCAACCGAACUUGGAUGACCUUCUCCAGACUGUCAGAAACACCUAUAUCGAAAACCCUCUGGAUAACGAGAAUCUAAUCAAACGGGGAAAGGCUUUGCUUAAACUGUCUACAUUCAAGAGUGUAGAGGAAAUGAGGAAUCGAACACUAUGGUUAAAGUAGCUAUAUCGGAACUGUAUGAUGCAUUGUUAUUUGUUCAUCGACUCUAGGAAACAUGAGGCAUUGUGGUGCAUGGGUAGUGCUCUUACUUCUCUUGCCAUUAUGACUCCUGAUCAAGAUUCAGCUAAAGAUCUCUUUUACUUCCAGAAGGCAAUUGAUGUGGCAGGAUCCAUGUAAUGAUCUUUAUCAGGAAUCAUUUGAAGAGGCUGCGAAGGCAAUUGAAUCGCAUCAACAGGCUAUGGCAUCAGGAGCUUCAACAUCUUCCUAUGCCAGUUUAUUGCAGGGUUUGAAGUCACGGAAGAGUAGGACUUUGCAGAAGGCUUUGAUGUAUCAGAUAUGUGGAUGGGUUAUUCUUGCUGCAUCCAUUGUUGGGUUGGUAGGAUUUGCAAAAACUAAAUGAUACAAACACACAAAUUGUGGUCAGAUUAGAAUUGGUUAUGAUCAAACAUUCUAUUCAAGAAAUCGAAUCGGCAUGAUUCAUUGAUGUUAAUAGCAUCUGUUAUGGAGUUGCCCUAUAAUUCAUGCUUAA